AUGAUAACUGGACUAUUUAUUUUCGACGGCAAGGGAGAUGUACUCAUGUCAAAGCUUUAUAAAGAUGGUGUUAAAGGAAACGUGUCUGAUGUGUUUCGAAUCCAAGUAAUUUCUUCCAACAAUAAAACUAGCAGUAGUAAAGAGGUACGAUCUCCAAUUCUAACCCUAGGUUCCACAUCAUUUAUUUACAUCAAAUCUGGGAAGAUCUGGCUAGUGGCCGUGACCCGGUCCAAUCAAGACUGUGCUGCUAUUCUUGAGUUUCUCUACAAGUUUGAAACGUUGCUCAAGUCCACAUUCAAUGCAGAUUCAGUGAUCACUGAUGAACUUAUCAUCAAUAACUUCUUUGGAAUCUAUCAAUUGCUCGACGAGAUUGUGCAAUUUGGAUACCCUAUUAACCUUGAACCCACCUACUUAAAGGCGGUAUUACCGGGAAUAAGUAUGGGGGAUGGGUUCAAGUUGAAUAAUACAUUGUCGAGGAGAAAGUCCAAUGGCGGAUCAUUCAUGCUACAAUCAAAUAGAAGUGGUGAUCUUAAUGCGGCAUUGCUGAGUAUAACCUGGAGACAGCAAGGACUCAAAUACCGAAGAAACGAGAUUUUUGUAAACGUGGAUGAGAAGAUUAAUGUCUUGACAAAUGAGCAGUCUGAAAUAUUACGAGCUUACGUGGACGGGAAAAUAGUUUUGAAAACUCAUUUAAGUGGGAUACCCGAGUGCCGGUUUGGGUUGAAUGAUGAUGGGUUGGUGAUCAAUACCAGCACCACCAAGCUAGGUGCAGAACAUACUGGUAGUAGUAACCAGAAUAAUGUGGUUCUCGAAGACUGCAAGUUCCAUCAAUGUGUAGAGUUGAGUACAUUUGACACCAACAGAGUGAUUCAGUUCAUUCCACCGGAUGGAGAAUUCCAGCUCAUGACAUACAACUGCGUACUGAACAUCAAUUUGCCAUUCAAGGUGAUUCCCCAGGUUCAACAAGUGGGUUCUACCAGACUUCAGUAUAAGCUUCUGAUCAAAUCUCUUUUUCCGGCCAAAUUGAAUGCCACCGAAGUCAAGAUUCUGAUUCCAACCCCUCAGGGUGUUAUAAAACAUUAUACUAGCGAAUCAUCAGGAAAGGCCAAGUUUUCGGGUGGGGAAGACCUCAUUAUAUGGAAAUUCAAUAAGUUCUUCGGAGACCAAGAGCAUGUGUUGACAGCAGAAGUGGAGCUUUCAGAAGACUCGGUGCACCUGAUGAUCAACUGGUCUCGUCCUCCUAUCAAACUUGAUUUUGUAAUCGAUAUGUUUUCCUGUUCGGGGUUGUCAGUCAACUAUGUUAGAAUCCAAGAGAAGAGUAAUUACCGAACGGUGAAAUGGGUGAAAUAUCGGUCGCAGUCCGGGUCCUAUGACAUACGCUACUAA